AUCACCGAUAAGUGCCCCGAGGGCAUCGUGCUGCUGCUGCUGCAGGCCAUCCUGGGCUCCAUGGUCAACGCCUUCAUGGUGGGCUGCAUGUUCGUCAAGAUCUCCCAGCCCAACAAGCGCGCCGAGACCUUGGUCUUCUCCUCGCACGCCGUGGUGUCGCUGCGGGACGACCGCCUCUGCCUGAUGUUCAGGGUGGGCGACCUGCGGGACUCGCACAUCGUGGAGGCCUCCAUCCGUGCCAAGCUCAUCAAGUCCAAGCAGACGCAGGAGGGCGAGUUCCUGCCCCUGGACCAGACCGACCUGAGCGUGGGCUUCGAGACGGGCGACGACCGCCUCUUCCUCGUCUCCCCCCUCAUCAUCAGCCACGAGAUCGACGAGCGCAGCCCCUUCUGGGACGUCUCGCGCCAGCAGCUGGAGAAGGACGACUUCGAGAUCGUCGUCAUCCUCGAGGGGAUGGUGGAGGCCACAG